AUGACUGUUAUAGUAGCCUCUUUAUUUCUGCCUUAUACGGUAGAGUUUCAGGUCGACAGUACUGCCAUUGACCCCAAUGCGGAUAUACUGGUGGAACAUACUGACCCAUCUACUGUAGAAUCCAGGAGUAAUAUGGCUCUGAAAAGCUCAGAAGAUUCUCUACUAGCUUCAAUGAGCUCCGCUAACUUAGUUGAGGACUUCAGUCAGCAGAACUACCAGCAACUUAAAUCUUUGCCAAAAGAUGAUGGCUCACCAGAGAAUUUUUUUCAAGCAGGCCGCAGGUUCCCUACCGCCAAUGCCCCUUUAAUCGACGAUGAAACCCCGGUGUUGUAUGAGGGCACCGAAGCUUCCUUGCAGGCAUUGAAGCCUCCGAUUCUUAGAACCAGCUCUUCAAUUUCUUUGUUUCAGGAUGAACCAAGAGCUCCAUCGCCAGCUCUUGGAAAUCCUCCUCAAUUCCUUUCCAAACAAAACUCCUACCCAUCAUCUCGAAACAUCCAACUAACGACUCCAGGUUAUGUUCAGCCACGUUCAAAGGUCAAUUCACUGGCUGAUAAAUCGUCAGUUUCCGAGCUGAAGAAGUACAAAGAAACUCCGGCUUUUUCAAGUCUCAAGUUUAGUCGUUCGAAUACAACUAGCACUUCCAAACUUAUUAACAAGAUAAAAAAGGAGGACCUAAAUGAAUAUUUUGAAUCGACAAUCUCUGAUUCUUCUACUUCCUCUUUAGUUCCGUCUACUAAGUUUGCACCUUUUGGUGGUUUUUCUACCUCGCCUGAUGAAUUGCUUUGCAAUGAUGAGGAGUUCUUUGCAAAUGCCCCUUGGAAAGUAGUUGAGUUUUCCAAAGGUAAUGGGUCUUUGAGGAAUGCGAUUAGAAUUGCCAGACAACAGCUGCAGGUAGUUGAUCAAAUAUCAUGGGUGGGUACUUUGGGCAUUCCGGUAGAUGACUUACCACUUUCUACUAGAAAUAGCGUUACGGAGACACUUGCUAGGGGAUUUCACUCGAAUGUGAUAUAUGUGAACGAUGAAACAUUUACCGGUCAUUACAACAGCUACUGCAAGCAGAUCUUGUGGCCAACCUUACAUUAUGAAGUGCCAGAUAACCCCAAGUCAAAGGCGUUCGAAGAUCACUCCUGGGAAUACUACAAGAUUGUAAAUCAGGCUUUUGCGGACAAAAUUGUCCAAAAAUACAAGGAGGGUGAUUAUGUAUGGAUUCAUGAUUAUCAUUUAAUGUUGGUCCCUCAAAUGGUUAGAGAAAAGUUACCAAAUGCUAAAAUUGGAUUUUUUCUCCAUGUAACAUUCCCUUCCUCAGAAAUAUUUCGUUGUUUUGCUCAUCGUAAAGAACUUCUCAUCGGAAUUUUAGGGGCCAACUGCGUUACCUUACAAAUUGAAGAAUAUGUAAGGCACUUUUCGCAAACAUGCAACCGCCUUCUCUUAGCGGAUUAUUCGAACGAUGGUAUCAAAUACAAUGGCAGAAUUACAAAGAUCAAUCAUUCUGCUAUUGGAAUUGAGGUUGAUUCUCUGAUUCGAAGAGUUUCAACGAGUCGAGUCACAGACUGGAGAGAUAAAGUUAGGAACAGAUGGCAUGACAAGAACUUGCUGGUUACCAGAGAUAAAUUAGAUAAAUUGAGAGGUGUAAAACAAAAACUGCUUGCAUACGAAAAGUUUCUUUCCAACUAUCCUUCUUUCAUUGACAAUACAAUUUUGAUUCUAAUUUGUCUUCCAUCAGGGAAUGAAGAUGACGAUUUGGAGGUAGAUAUUUUGUCAAUUGUCGAAAGUAUCAAUUCAAAAAAUCACAAUAUUUCCAACGAGAAAUUAGUUGUCUACCUGAAUCAAGAUGUCGAUUUUGAUCAAUACCUUGCACUACUUUCUGAGGCCGAUGGGUUCAUAGUCUCUUCAAUGAGAGAAGGGAUGAAUUUGACGUCACACGAAUUUAUUGUGGCUAAUAAUGAAAAGCAUUCACCUUUAAUUCUGUCUGAAUUCACUGGUUCAGCCUCUAUAUUUGCCGAUGAUGCCUUACUGAUAAAUCCAUGGGACAUCAACCAAGUUUCUCAAUCUUUUUACCAUGCCCUCACGAUGGGAAAAAGCGAAAAGUUACGAAGAUGGACUUCGAUGUAUCAAACAGUAUUGAAGCAUGACUCUCAGAACUGGAUCAAAACAUGUCUGGAAAGCAUAGACAAUGCUUGGAACAACGAAAUUAAACGAUCCAAUGAAUCUAUUUCCUAUUUCUCUCAGCCACUGUUUGACAAAUUUUACAGCAGUUCCAGAAAUGGGAAGAGACUAUUUAUAAUCAAUCUGGGAAAACUGGCCUCUGUAAUUACCUUGGAAGGUACCACAAAUGCCAAGGUAAUUCCUGUUUCAUUGCCCCGAAUUUUUGAAGUCUUAACCAAACUAUCAAGUGACCCAAGCAAUUUGUUAUACGUAAUGAGCUACUUUAAACGGUCCCAGUUGACAAGAAGAUACAAAAACUUUCCCGAUAUUGGCCUGAUAGCUGAAAACGGAGGCUAUGUUAAGUUGCACAACUCCAAUGAAUGGAACUCGCUUGUUUCUGAUAGCGCCCAAAACUGGAUGAAACCUGUCAUUGACGUUGUUGAGUCAUUUUGUGUCAGAUUGCCAGACUGUUCCUACGAGAUAGAGGAUUGUACAGUAAGAUUACACACUCAAAAUGUUACAGGAGUUGACCAGGAGCACAAAUUGGCCAUGAUUGGGGAUUUUAUCUCCCAUGUGAACGAUUUAUUUUCCAAUAUUAAUAUACAUGCGACUUUAGUCGGUGACAUUGUGGUCAUUCAAGAGGCAGAUUUAGUGAAAAGAGCACUAUCUUUUGUUCUUAGUAGACAUGAGACUCACUUCGAAAAUCGUGUCCACAGUGAGGCAAUUUCUGAUGAAAGCAGCUCCAGUGUUAAGUUGAUGAUGGUGAUUGGUGGAUGUACCCAAGUUGACGAGGAAAUGUUCCGCUAUUCUAAGGAAAUGUACAAUGAAGGCAAAUGUGGAAGCUAUCUCUCUGUCAAAGUUGGCAGAAGUAGAUCAUCUGACGCACAAACCUGCAUCGAAGGGGUGAAUGAAUUAUUUAAUAUCUUAAGUAAUUUUGAAAUCUAA